GAGUGUUAAGUCAACCAUAUGGGAAUGGGUAACAUGAAAUUACCCUAAGCAAUAAGAUUAUUGCAUGGUGUAAUUGACUCUACCCACGUUCCUUUGCCCCCUCACUUGCCAUCAUUUAUACCUUGCUUUCUACUUCUUCUUUCUUCUUAUUUCUUUCUUACUCUCUCUCUCUCUCCCCUCCUUUCUCUCUCCUCCUUUCUCUCUCUAAAUCAACACACACUCACACACUGCUUAAACCUCACUCACAAUACACACACUACACACAGUACUACUGCAGACAAAUUCAAAGUACGUACCUUAAAUUGGGAAUUGACAUGGAUGUAUACGCUGUAGAUGAUCUGUUAGAUUUGCCUAGUGAUGAUUUCUUCGCUUCUUCCUCCUCCUCCGGCGGCGCCGCCCCCACCGCCGCCGUCUCGGAUUACCUCCACCAUCACCCAUCCACCGCCUACUUUGAACAGUAUUCCUCUGUUCCUAGCUACUCCACCGACUUCAGCGAUGUUCUCUCUGUACCUACCGAGGACGCGGCGGAGCUGGAGUGGCUAUCGACCUAUAUGGACGACUCGUUCGUCGAUUUCCCGGCGGGCGAACCCUCGGCUGCCGCCAGCUUACAAUUGAAAUCCGCCGCCGGAUUUCACGGCCGCGCUCGGAGCAAACGCUCCCGGCCGUCGUCCGCCUCGCUAGCAGUUGAGAUUCCGAGGCCGAUUGACGUCGGCGGCGUCAGUGUGAAGAAGGAGGAGGGUAGUUUCGUCAGAAACGGGCGUGGUGCGGAGGACGCAGAGGUGGCGCGUAGGUGCACGCACUGCGCGUCGGAGAAGACGCCUCAGUGGAGGACGGGGCCGCUGGGCCCGAAGACGCUGUGCAACGCUUGCGGCGUGAGGUACAAAUCGGGGCGGCUAGUGCCGGAGUACAGGCCGGCGGCGAGCCCGACGUUCGUGCUGACUCAGCACUCCAACUCUCAUCGGAAGGUUCUCGAACUACGGCGGCAGAAGGAGAUGCUCCUCCAACAGCAGCAAGAGGCGUAUGGCCGCCAUUUCCGCGUGUGCUGACGCCAGCGAUCAGUGUACUUAAUCACCGGAUUUAAUUUAAUUUAAUUUAAUUUAAUUAAGUUUAUUUAAAUCUCAAAUCUGAAACAACUUUUUUU